UGUUCCAAACGUUUGCUUAACUUUGGUCAUACAUUACGUUGAAAGUGAACUGGCCAGUAUAUAAGGCACAGUAGAGAGGGCAAACGUUGAAGAUAGAACCACGAUGAAGUUUCUGGUCUUGGCUGUUCUGGUUGUUGGAGCUUACGGAUGUGGGCUGCCCACCUACCCUCCUAUUGUGUCGAGGGUUGUGGGGGGUGUGGAUGUCCGCCCUAACAGCUGGCCCUGGCAGAUCUCCCUCCAGUACAGGAGUGGUAGUAGCUGGUACCACACUUGUGGAGGCAGCCUUAUUUCCAAUGAGUGGGUUCUGACUGCUGCUCACUGCAUCAGCAGUAGCAGAACUUACAGGGUGUAUCUGGGAAAACAUAACCUGAAGGAGGAGGAGAACGGAUCUCUCGCCAUCUCCACCAGCAAGAUCAUUGUCCAUGAGGGCUGGAAUUCCUUCACUAUCCGUAAUGACAUCGCCCUGAUCAAACUGGAGAGUCCUGUCACCGCUAGUGACAAGAUCACACCUGGAUGUCUUCCUGCGAAUGGCCUUGUUCUGCCCCACAAUGCUCCCUGCUACGUCACUGGAUGGGGACGUCUCUACACCAAUGGACCCCUUGCUGAUAUCCUGCAGCAGGCUCUCCUGCCUGUGGUGGAUUACGCCACCUGCUCUAAGUCUGACUGGUGGGGCUCUCAGGUCACACAAAACAUGGUCUGUGCCGGUGGAGAUGGUGUUGUUGCUGGAUGUAAUGGCGACUCUGGUGGCCCCCUGAAUUGUGCUGGUAGCGAUGGCGCUUGGGAGGUCCAUGGUAUUGUGAGCUUUGGUUCAGGCCUGAGCUGCAACUAUUCCAAGAAGCCCACCGUUUUCACUCGUGUGAGUGGCUACAUUGACUGGAUCAGCAAGAACAUGGCCAGCUAUUAAAGAUCAAACAGAAAAAUGGGUUUUGUAUCAUCAAUGCCUUGAACAAUAAAAAUAUUAUACAACACAUAAAA